GUGAGUCUAAGCAUUGGAAUUAUUCUGCGCAUGCGCAAAAUAGCACACGCCGCCGGAAGUGAUGCCUUUAUCAAAGCGGGUGAUGUAGUACGCGUGCGUAAUAGGCUCUUUCGUCAGCUGUGUUGUGGAAAUGGUGGAGAAGAAAACUUCGGUUCGCUCCCAGGACCCUGGACAGCGGCGGGUGCUGGACAGGGCGGCCCGGCAGCGCCGCAUCAACAGGCAGCUUGAGGCUUUGGAGAAUGACAACUUCCAGGAUGACCCCCACGCAGGACUCCCCCAGCUUGGCAAGAGACUGCCUCAAUUUGAUGAUGAUGCAGACACCGGAAAGAAAAAGAAGAAAACUCGAGGUGAUCAUUUUAAACUUCGCUUCCGAAAAAACUUCCAGGCCUUGCUGGAGGAGCAGAACCUGAGCGUGGCUGAGGGCCCCAACUACCUGACAGCCUGUGCGGGACCCCCCUCCCGGCCCCAGCGCCCCUUCUGUGCUGUCUGCGGCUUCCCCUCCCCGUACACCUGUGUCAGCUGUGGUGCCCGCUACUGCACGGUGCGCUGUCUGGGCACCCACCAGGAGACCAGGUGCUUGAAGUGGACCGUGUAAGCCUCGCAGCCUGGAGAGGAAGGCCCUCACGCAUGAGCCCUCGGAGAAGAUCUCAGCAGAAGAUAGGUGCUCCCCAGACCAAGAGAGGAGCUGUUCACUCAGCCAGCAAAGCUCAUUCUUACUUCCAGGGGUGUGGCAGGGAAGUGGGCCCGCCCUCGGGGUGCUGUCAUAACCAAAGGUUUCAGGGGAGGAGGCACCUGCCUGUUAGGUCACAUGGUGUUUUGGGGGUGAGGGUGAUGCGCCAGCUGUUUCUCCUACGCACUGCUCUGUGUCUUUUUUUCCAUCCUGUUAAUCACCCUUCCCACUGUCUGCCCGUCUGGACCCCGGCCAUGAAAGAUGCUGCUGCAUUCUCCUGCCACCCUCAUGUCCCUGCAUUUCUUGGCUGCUCCUUUAGGUCACUUUUUUGGUUAUUAAAUUAGUUAAUUUGUUUUUGUGUUUUUGUUUCUCUAGUUCCUCUGAGUAUCUUUUGAGUACAGCUAGGUCCCAGGUCUGGUGCCAAGGAAGUGAGAGUGGGGGCCAGGGGUGCAGAAUGAUACUGUAGAAGGAGCCAACCCUAUUUUCACUGGGCCCUUAGUUUUGGUGUCACCUGUCUGAGGGAACAGUUGUCCUGAGGAAGCUCUUGUUAUCAGGGGCUGUGAUAUGUGAAAUUAUUAGCACAGAAGACCCAGAAGUUUCUGGGAAGCACGGGGAAAUCCAUGGUAUAGAGGGCCCUGUUGUGGGUGGCCCUGGAUGCUGUACCUCUUGUGUAGAGCUUCUUACACCCACCCCUGUUCUAAGUGGGUUGUGAGCUGUAAGCAUGUAAGCUCCUUGGAGCUGCUGCCCUAGUUGGCCAAUACCCUGUUGAAACAUAGCCAAGCACGUGCUCUGGAAGUAUUUGUUGUUCAAAUGACCUCAAAAGAUAUUAACGAUAUCCAGCAAAGUCGGUGUUAGGUGCCUUCUUAGGCUCUUCUCCCCACUUUGGGGGAUUUUCUUGUGGCUGGCCCAAAUGUUCUCGGGGUUUUCCCAAGGAACUGCUUGUCCUUUCUCUGGAGACAUGCAGUUGGACAAGUGGGGUUAGUGACGGCUUUGUAUUGAGUGGUGGUGAGAACAGAGUUUAGAGACAAUCCUAAGUGUGGUUUUAAACAAUGGCUGUAAAUUUUUUGACCAUCCUUCCAUCAAAGAUGGGGUCUUUUUGCCCUUCCCCGGGGAUGUGGGCAGGCUUAUGACUACUUCCACCAGUAGCAAGUGGCGGAAGUGAGACCAUGUGACAUUCAAGGCGAAGCAGUAAAAGGCAGUGCAGCUUCUGCCUGGUCCCUAGGACACUUGCUUUUGGAUUCCUCAGCCACCAUGUAAGAAAUCCAACUGUCCUGAAGGCGCCAUGCUGUGAGGAAGCCCAGGCUACAUGGAGAAGCCGCGUGCAGGUGCUCCGGUCACAGGUCCAGCCGACCAAGCCUUCAAGCCAUCCCAGCCCAGGCUUCUAUCACAGGAGUGAAGAUGCUUCCUGAUGAUUCCAGCCCCCAGGCACCGAGUCAUCCUUAGCCAUUUGAGUCUUCCUAGCUGUGUCCUCAACAUCAUGGAGCAGACACGAGCCAUCUCUGCUGUGCCCUGUCUAAAUUCCUGACCUUCAGAAUCCGUGUGUGUAAUAAAAAGGUUUAUACCAUUGA